GCAUCGGUUUCCGGUAGCGGCUUGGUGGAAGCAUGGCUGCUAUCGGUGUACAUUUCGGAUACACAUGUGCUUGUGUUGCUGUGUUCAAGGAUGGGCGAGCAGAUGUGGUGGCAAAUGAUGCUGGAGACAGAGUUACUCCAGCUGUAGUGGCUUACAGGGAUACUGAGCAGAUUGUUGGCAUUGCAGCAAAGCAGGGCAGAAUACGAAAUGCAGCAAAUACCGUGGUGAAAGUUAAACAGAUACUUGGCAGACGCUAUGAUGACCCUGAUGCUGAGACACACAGAGAAGAAAGCAAAUGCACAAUUGUCAGUAAAGGUGACCUGCCCAUGUAUGAAAUUGAUACUGGGGAGACAACAAAGUAUGUGGCUCCUAAAGAUGUAGCUAAAUUGAUCUUUCACAAAAUGAAAGAGACGGCUCAGUCAGCUUUGGGUUCUGAUGUAAAAGACGCUGUCAUCACUGUGCCUUUCGAGUUUGGUGAAAUGCAGAAAAAUGCAUUGAGAAAUGCUGCAGAGGAAGCUGGGUUUAAUGUUCUACGACUGAUCCAUGAACCAUCCGCUGCUCUUCUGGCCUAUGGCAUUGGCCAGGACUCACCAUCAGGAAAGAGCCAUGUGUUAGUUUAUAAGCUUGGCGGCACAUCACUGAGUGUGACAGCCCUGGAGGUGAACACCGGGAUGUACAAAGUGCUGGCGACACACACAGACCACAGCACUGGAGGAGAGAGCUUUACACAGGCACUGGCACAGUAUCUGGCCUCAGAGUUCAAAAAGGUGUACAAGCAAGAUGUGAGUGGUAACCCCAGAGCAAUGAUGAAGCUGAUGAACAGCGCAGACUUAGCCAAACACACCCUCUCCACACUGGGUAGCUCCAACUGCUUUGUGGACUCGCUCUACGAUGGCAUGGACUUUGAGUGUAGUGUAUCAAGGGCACGCUUUGAGUUAAUAUGCUCUAACCUGUUUAGUAAAAGCAUCCAGCCAAUCAGAAAACUUCUGGAACAAGUCGGCCUCUCCACUUCAGAUGUCAACAAGGUGGUCUUGAGCGGAGGUUCUGCAAAGAUUCCCAAACUCCAGCAGAUGAUUAAAGAUCUGUUCCCCGAUGUGGAGCUGCUCUGCUCCAUCCCUCCAGAUGAGGUCAUCCCGAUCGGAGCAGCCAUGCAAGCAGGAAUCUUGGUGGGCAAAGAGAGCCUGGUCCUGGAUGAGGACUCGAUCACUGUGGACUGUUGUGUCAGUGACAUUCUAGUCAAGGAGGUGGAUGACUCCGGAGCUGACAUCUAUACAGUUUUGUUUCCUUCUGGCACACCCCUCCCAGCCCGCCGACAGCACACACUACAAGGCCCAGGCAGCUUGUCCUCUGUAUGUCUUGAGCUGUACCAAGCCCAGAAACCCUUGGCACAGGUUGUUCUUAGAGACCUUGAACCCAAAGAGGACAUGCAUGAUAUAGUCACAGUGGUUACAAUGAAAAGGGAUGGCUCACUUCAUGUUACUUGUACGGAGCAAGGUAGUGGCAGAUCAGAAGCUGUUACUAUAGAAACAGCUGCAGCUGCAUCAUAGAGCAUUUUCAUAGACACUUAUAAACCACAAUACCUGCAAUGUGGGACCCUAAGGAGACCUGGGGUGUUCCAGAUAAUUACAUGCUCACUUAAUAUACUUGACAUUAAAUAAAAGCUUUUUCAUUUCGGA